AGAUAGAAAAUUGUGAAUUUUUCGAUACGUUUUCUCUCUCUCCCCUCUCUCUGACCACUUUCCCGCUUCUCCUUCACCUAGUCUCUGUCUGGUAAUGUUUGGGGCAGUUUGCAGAAUGAUAUAUAGGUCAUAGGACGAAUCGUACUACUUUUAGGUUAUAAUACACAGAAACUUGUAAAGAGAAUAUAAAAAAAUAUAUUUCCUUUCAUUCAUAUUUCUCGAAAAAUAAGCGCCCGAGUACUGUCAAGCAAAGUGUAGGAGUUUGGUAUCUCAAAGUUGUCUAAUAUGAUUUCAAAACGUUGUUGCAACUGUUUGUAUUUCAGCAUAUGCUGAUUGUUGGUUAUAGCUGAUAUGGUCAUGUGAUAUGAUCAAAAGCCUAAAGUAUUCUUAUUAUAAUACUAUCAAAUUGUGUAUGAAUACAUUUGUGCAUAAACAAGUGAUUGAUAGAACAGUUCUAUUAACCAAUAUCACUGGGCAUAUGAACUCUUGUCGGUAUAGUUUCAAGGCAUAUUACACAGAACACAACAUGAAUAUGUUGAGGCUAGCUGACUACGACUGCAUUGGCUUUGACUUGGAUAACACUUUAUUACGCUAUAACAUCACAAACCUGAUGCAUAUGGAAUAUGAGAUGUUAGCUACAUUCAUGGUAGAUAACCGGGGAUACAGUAAAAAACUUUUAAAACCAUUGACAGACAGCGAUUUGGAUUUUAUGCAAAAAGGAUUGCUGUUAGACUUUGAGAGGGGAAAUGUACUCAAAGUAAGUCCAGAUGGUGUUAUUCAUAGAGCAUGUCAUGGGACACAUUUGUUGAAUAAAGAUCAGAUAAAGAAGAUAUAUCCUGAUCAGAGAUGGGAAGUCACCGAUAUUUUCUGUAACAAUGUUUUGGAUGCUUGGAAUGGUCCUUUGUCAGAGAAAGUAAGAAGUUUGUUGGAUUAUUUCGAUAUACCAGCAAGUCUCGUGUUUGCACGGGCUGUAGAUGCCCUGGAUGAAGAAUGUGAAUCACAUCAGGAUAAAUAUAAUAUCUGGCCUGAUAUAUUAGAUGGUAUGAUCUAUAUGUUUUCUGUAAGUCAUUUUGAAUCAGGUAAAGGGAUUUUUGGACAUAUUAAGAAAAAUCCGGAAAAAUAUUUGCGCAAAACUGAUAUAACAGCUAUAAUGUCAUGGUUAAAACAGAUUAAACCAACAAUUUCAAUUUUUCUCCUUACUGGAUCAAAUGUGGACUUUGUGAAUUUUACCGCAAAUUAUGCUUUUGGAGAGGAGUGGAAAUCUAUUUUUGAUAUUAUAAUAUGUUUUGCAAAAAAACCAGGCUUUUUUACUGGUGAUCGACCAUUCCUAGAUAUAGUACAAAAUAAAGAAACUGAUGUUGUAAGCCAACAUUUACAAAAGGGCAAAAUAUAUAGUCAAGGAAAUUGGAAAGGUCUACGAGAAUUUAUCUCUCGUACAACAGGGAAAGAGAACCCACGAUGUUUAUACAUUGGCGAUAAUUUAGUGCAAGACGUUUAUGUACCAAAUACUUUUGCGUGUUGUGACACGAUAUCCAUAGUUGAGGAAGUAAUGUCAGAGAAGAAUGUUGAUUGUACAAACUUGUGCCGUGAACAGCAUCCAGAUGAAAAGUUGUUGAACUCACAGCUUUGGGGCUCUUACUUUUGCUUGACAGACUUAAAGACUAAUGUAGAUACUUUCUGGGGUCAUAUGAUAAAGAAACGUUCAAAACUUUGUGUAUCAUGCAUCGAUGAGAUUUUAACAGUUGCUGUAGAUAAACCAUUUUCAUGUUUUGAUAAAAAUGGAAAAUCAUAACAGAUAUCUUACUGAUACGGAUUAUACCAGCUAUCAAGGAACAGUUGCUACAAUUAAAGGGUCCUCCGAGGGAAAUUACAGAUAUGAAACAUAAUUUCAGAGCACAACGCGCUCAACAGAGACAACGGGAAGAUCUCGCAGCCGUAGACAAGAUGUUACAAAGUAG